AUCGCCGCCCAGCAUCAACACCCCCACCAGUCGAACUCGACUACCUGAUCUUCGAUUUUCGCGGUCACUGAACGCUACCUCCCCCCGCCCUCUCCCUAUCUCAUACCUUCGCCUCCUGAUUCCCCCCGUCGGAUUGCUUCCAAUAUGCGACCUAUCUUGCUCUCGGGCCAUGAACGGUCCCUCAACCAGAUCAAAUUCAACCGCGAUGGUGAUCUCCUCUUCUCCGUAGCCAAGGAUAAGAUCGUGUGCGCUUGGUGGUCGGCCAACGGCGAGCGGCUCGGUACCUACACGGGACACCAGGGUGCCAUCUGGACCGUCGAUGUCAGCCCCAACACUGUCCUUCUGGCGACUGGCUCGGCAGACAACACCGUGCGGCUAUGGAACGUGAAGACCGGCGAGUGUGUGAAGGUGUGGGACUUCCCUACGGCUGUGAAGCGCGUCGAGUUCAGCCCGGAUGGAACCAAGUUGCUGGCGGUUACCGAGAAGCGCAUGGGAUUCUUGGGCACGAUUGCGGUGCUGGACAUCAACUACGGUGAUGGUCAGGGUAACUUCGAGCCUCAGGCUGAGGAGCCCAGCCUGCGGAUCACCUGCAAUGAGAGCAAGGCGACCGUUGCCGGCUGGGGUUAUAUGGGCAAGUACAUCAUCGCUGGCCAUGAGGAUGGCAGCGUCAGCCAGUACGAUGCGAAGACCGGAGAUCAGCUGGAAAACGUCCAGGCGCACGAGUUCGACCUCCAGAUCAACGACAUCCAAUUUUCCCCCGACCGCACCUACUUCAUCACCGCCUCCAAAGACAAGACCGCCAAGCUUUUGUCCACCCGUAACCUCGCCAUCCUCAAGACCUAUCCUUCCGAUACCCCCCUGAACAGCGCCACGAUUACGCCCAAGAAGGACUACGUGAUCCUGGGUGGUGGUCAGGCCGCCAUGGAUGUCACCACCACCUCGGCCCGGCAAGGUAAAUUCGAAGCUCGCUUCUACCACAAGGUCUUCGAGGACGAGAUCGGCCGUGUCCGUGGUCACUUCGGUCCCCUCAACACCGUUGCCGUCCACCCGGCCGGCACGGCCUACGCCUCCGGUGGUGAGGACGGUUACGUGCGUGUGCACCACUUCGACAAGUCCUACUUUGAUUUCAUGUACGAGGUUGAGAGAGAGCAGAUGAGGCGGUAAAGCGAGCAUCAUUUAGGGAUUUCCUUUUACUUUUUUUCUUUUUCUACCUUUUUUCCGCCUUUUCCCCUUUUUUCUCUUUUUCCUUUUAAUUUCCUUGUCAUUUCUUUCCAGAUUACAGAUCACGCACUGUAUGUAUGUGUCAUGAGGUGAAGACGUUUUUUUACACCAAAAAGUAGAAGAGCCGACGGAUGCGGGCACAAGAAGCUAUCUAUCUAUGUCUUGGGGCAACUCAGGGUAUGAAUCCUUAUUACAAUGAUUCCAGGAGUUGGUACCAUUUCUGUUUUUAUUUGUCUCUGGUCGUUACUGUGAUGUCAAGGAAAACCCUCUCGUCUUUUCAAAUCGUAAUUUCAUUAGACUACUUCCA